AUGGAGCAUUCUCAGCCCGGAGCAGCGGCUGAGACCCCUGAGCCCCCCACAUCAGCGCCCAGCCUGCGGUACCCAGCCCAACUGGUCAGUGAGGCGCUGGAGGAUGCGCUCAAGGAGAUGCAAGAUGAUGCUGAGCCCAAAGAAGAGCUCAUCCUCAGCGCUGCGUGGGCCCCCCAAAACGCCUGUGCCCCCAGCCCCAUUUUCCCCAUAGAGGUUUGCGGAGGAGCCCCAGCAGAUGAGGACAAGGAAGGGCGAGACCCCUCCGAGUGUGGCGAAGCCCCUGAAGUGGAGGAGGGGAUUGGGGAAGCUGUGGUCCAGGGGCUGGGUGUGGAGAGCAGCACUCUGCGGGAUGAAGCCACAUCCCUGCUGGGACCAUAUCCCUGUGGCAUGGAUGCAUCCCUAAGCACUGUGGUGAAUCAGGAAGAGAUGGGAGCAUGGGAGGAGGAGGUGGAUGCGGUGAUGAGUCCAAGGGAACCAGAAGUGGUUGCCCAGGAAGGGGACAUGGGUGGCCUUGGCCAGGCAGGGACCAGCUGGGAAGAGCCGGAGCGAGGGGAGGAUGAAGUGGAGACCCUGAGUGUGGAGGAAGUGGAUGAGGAGGGGAGGGGACCCCUAAGUCCUUGCAGGGAGGACGGUGAUGCCCAGGGUCUGCGAGAAGGGAAGUCCCUGCAGGAGGAGGCUGAAGCUGCUGGUGUUGUCCCAGAGGAAAGCCACAUGGAUUCCCCCAUGGAUAGAGACGGGGAAGAGGACUUUGUUGGGGGAGAGCAGGAAAAGUCUGAGCAUCAGAAAAUGCUCGUCUGUGAGACGGAUCCGGCUGUGGAGGAGGAAAGGGAGCAGGAGCUGUGCCUGGGGCAGGAGCCCUCGAGCAUCCCCGAGGCCAUCCCAGCAGAGGAGCCUUCAUCCAGGGCUGAGGAAGACGCUGUGGGAGGGGAGGCCCCAGGCACAGCAUGGGAUGGUGAUGGGGAAAAGGGAGAGGAGCUGGCAGCUGAGGACCCCCAAGCAGGGGAGGCUGUGGGACCUGAAACCCUGGGGUGGGAGAGCAGAGCCCCAGAGGAGCCUGGGGAUCUGCAGGAAAAUGACUCCAUGGAAGAGGCACCAGAGCAGGAGGAACUGGAGCUGGAGCCGGGAGAGGAGCCCUGGAGCAGGGAAGGUGAUGCCAGCAGCCAAAAACCCCAUCCAGAGGAGUGGGAGGUGGCAACAGGGGACACAGAGGGGGCUCUGGGGACAGAGCAGCCAGGCUGGGUGGAUGACACCCCAACAAGUGCAGGGGGGCUGGAAAAUGAGGAGAGAGAUGGUGCGACACCAGCAGAGAUGGAGGAGACCCGGGAAGGUGAUGGAGACACCGGGAGCGAUGGGAAGGCCCAGCAACAACCACCAAUGAAGAUGGAGGAGACCCAGGAAGAUGAUGAAGAUGCUGGGAGUGAUGGGAUGGCCCAGCAGCAACCACCAGUGAAGAUGGAGGAGACCCAGAAAGACGAUGGAGACACUGGGAGCGAUGGGCUUGCCCAGCAGCAGCCACCGGCAGAGACAGAGGAGACCCGGGAAGAUGAUGGAGACACUGGGAGCGAUGAGAAGGCCCAGCAGCAGCCACAGGUGGAGAUGGAGGAAACAUGGGAGGACGAUGGAGGCGCCGGCAGUGAUGGGAUAACAGAGCAUCAGCCACCAGUGGAGAUGGAGGAGACCCUGGAAGACGAUGGAGAUGCCAGGAGCCAGGAGCAGGACCAGCAGCAGCCACCGGUGCCAGCCCCGGGGCACGAGGAGGACAGCACCACGGGGCAGCCAUGGGAGGCGCGCGAUGAGGAUGAUGAGGAUGAGCAAGACCCAGAGCUGGGACAACCGGAGACCAUUGGAGCAGUGGAGGAGGAUGCUGGGGGACCAGGAGAGCCGGAGCAGGCAGCAGGGAUGAGUGUGGAGCUGGAGGACACGCUGCCCGACCACACACCCUUGCACCUCUACCAGGGGGAGAAGUUGGCGGCGGUUGCACCCCACCAAAACCCUCUGGUGAGCGAGGAGACCACAGACACGGCUCCCACAUCCCAAAUAGCUCCAGAGGAUGAAGGAGAGGACGAGCCACCAAAUCCCACCGCGACAGAGAGCCGCGAAGAGGAGGAGGAAGGCUAUUUCAUUAUUUCUGCUCCCAACCAAGAGGUGUCCAGCUCAGAGGAAGCCGAGAUCGCCGAGGACUUUGAAGAAAUUAAAGUUGAAGCAACCGAAGCUGGCAAAGACAAAGUGGAAGCUCCCGGAGAAGCAUCUCUGGUGCCGGAGGACGAGGGGCACGUCGAGGGGUUCGAUGGUGAUGAAGACACGGAGAUGCCCACAGAAGAACCUGAGAUGCCAAAGGAUGAGGGUGAUGCUGGGGGUGUUGCUGCAGGGCUGGAGGAAGGCUCGGCUGCACCCGAAGCAGAGCCCGGCCCCCCCGGGGCU